CUUUCCAUCUGUGUACAUUCUAAGACAGUCAGAAUAAUUAUAUACCAAAUAUUCAUUACGAUUCACAUAAACUACACACCGCCAUGCGGGUCUCUUUUUCACCAACACCAGUUGAGCCAGCUACGACAAAGAAGGAGAUUUGGGCCUGGUACAGCUAUGCAUUCGCCAGUGAAGCGUAUGUGGUGGUCGCAUUGACAAGCUUUAUCCCCAUCACGUUGGAGGCUCUGGCUUCGGAGGAAGGCCAUCUUUAUGGAACCAAUGAGUCCUGUAUCGCCCACCCUAACAUGACAGACACAUCAUUCUUACCACCAUUUGAAACGCAAGUUAUGGAAACCCCGAGGUGCAUGAUAUCAUUUGGGCAUUUUGAAAUUGAUACCGCCUCCUUUGUCAUGUACUUGACAUCUCUGGCUGUGUUCCUGCAGGCUUUGACUGUUGUGUCAAUUAGCUCCAUGGCGGACUAUGGCUCUUACCGCAAGAAGCAGCUCGUCUUUUUUUCUGUUGUUGGUUCGACUGUGACUAUGCUCAUUGGCUCAAUGCCAUAUGCAUGGAUGGCAGGGACACUCAGUGUUAUCGCCAAUGUUUCGUUUGGUGCGGGAAUCGUGUGCUUCAAUGCUUAUUUGCCACUAUUGGUUAGAAACACGGAGCAUAUGCGAUCACAGAGGAGCCGGUUGGAGCAACUGGAGAAGGAAAUUGAGAUUGAGACAGGCGAUUCCUCAGAACAAGUAGCCGCUAUAGAACGAUCAGAACUAAGGAAUCAUAUGGGCGACUCAAACUUUCAAGGCCUGGACCCUGUGCAAGGCACAGAUGCUGUGAACGUUGCAUUACAUGAUGAAUCGCUUGGAGAGGAUACACACAUCGGGCACACAGGGGAACAAACAAUCGGACAAAAGAAAAAGAUGCUGCUCGAAAUGACUGAAGGACUGAAUAAGGACAAAGGCCACCUUUUGGGACAGAUUAGUGCUAAAGGCUUUGCCAGUGGGUACUUUGGAGGAAUUUUGUUGUUGCUUGUCUGUCUGUACAUCUCUUAUGUUGACAAAUCUUCAACUCGAUCACUCAAGGUUGGGAUUUUUCUGUCGGGACUUUGGUGGUUCGUCUUUGCAACUCUAGCAGGCAUUUGGCUAAAAAGAAGACCAGGACGUGAGCUCCAGCUCGACGAUCAUGGCCAUAAGCAUGGAUCCUUCUGGGUAGCAUCACAGUACGUUCUAUACUCCUGGCGCCGAGUCGGAGCAACAGUUGUACAGGCACGAAAACUACCCAGUACAUUUGCCUUCUUGGUGGCAUGGUUCUUUCUUUCUGAUGGGUAUACAAGCAUCUCUAAUGUCGCACUUUUAUUCGCAAAGACUUCGCUACGACUUCCUCAGACAUUGCUGAUCCUUCUUUCACUUGAGGUCCCCAUCUGUGCACUUGUGGGUACACUUGCAUUUCCGAAAAUUCAGCAUGCAUUGGAUUUCAAUCAAAAACAAAUGGUACUUUUACUUUUAAUUUUGCUAGUUAUGGUGCCAGUUUAUGGUACAUUGGGUCUCAUUCUGCCAUUCUGGCCACAUCUUUCAUCUGCAAAAGAGCUCUUUGCUCUAGCCGCCUAUUUCGGGUUUUUAAUCGGUGCAGUCCAAAGAAUAGAAGCAAACACGCCCUUUUCUUCUACUAGUUUCUGUCGAUCCAUGUUUGCGGACCUUGUCCCACGAGGCAGAGAGUCAGAGUUCUUUGGGCUUUAUGCGAUCACAGACAAAGGCAGUAGUUGGUUAGGACCAUUAGCUGUAGCGGCUAUCACAGAUGCAACGCAUGAGAUCCGACAUGCGUUUAUCUUUCUGCUAAUUUUGCUGAGCCUUCCUAUUCCAAUUAUUUAUUUUGGUGUGGAUAUGGAUCAAGGCCGACUGGAUGCUGAAAAAGCGUCACAGGAACUACAGGAGAGUGAAAUAGUCGGAGGAGAUCAUGGAGGCGAAGAGAGUGAAAGGCUUUUAUAUUCUAUUUCUUCGAUUUAAUAAUAAACUUUCGCUUUAAAAAUGCGGUCACGGGUCCCAGGCUCCGGUUGUAUGUUGAAUCUUCCUAGGGGAACCAAAGUUGGUGUGGAAUGAAUUGUUAAAUUCAAGGUAUAUUUUUAUAGGAAGCAUCAGAGGAAAGACGUAGCGAGGAAUGGAAAGAAAGGAGUGU